AUGGCAGUUGAUGUUCUAUGCAAGUGGAUGAUGGGCUGCGAAAAUGAAGACAUAUAUGAGGAGAUCUGGGAGCUAGAGAGGCGACAAUCAGAUUGGGGGAAGGGCAGCUUUCGGCCUCUGGACUCGGUUGUUCGCACAUCACAGGCGAUCAACAACGGCCAGCCCUCGUCGCACAAAUGUACAACCUCAACGACCGACAUUGGACCAGAUCAAAAUGCCCGUUUCGCCGUUGAAACAUUCCCAUGA